GUCGUGCUGUUUGCGGGCCUAUGGGGUAUGUGGGAAAUGCAUCGGCUGUUGGGGGAGUACUGGGCUGCUGCCGGUGCAGGCGGAGCGGGGGCAGGGGCAGGGGCAGGGGCUGCUGGAGGAGCGGGAGCAGCUCCAGCCGCAGGAGCAGAGGGUGGAGCAGGGGGAGGAGCAGGCGCAGGUGUCGGCGGGAGAGGUGCGAAUCUUCCCAACCCAGCCGCCGCCCCCUGGCCCAACUUCCAACUCCCCCACGGCCCCCUGCUCCAAACCCUCGCGCACGCCUCCCUCGCCACCGAAUCCCAGCUCCUCUUCCCUCCUACCACUCCCCCCGUCCACCCCUCAGCACUAGACGCCGCCCUCGCCCACCCUCUCCUCGGCCCUCCCCUCCUCUUCCUCUUCUCCAUCCUGCCCGAGUUCUCCCGCCUCCGCGCGCAAGCCCUAGCAGAACGCGAACAGCAAGUACGCGAGUUCUACGGCCCGCUCAAGAGGCUCAUGAGCCGCCGUUCGGAGGGGGAUAGCACGGAGAUGACAGAGGAAGAAAGGGUGGUCGUCGAUUGGUGGGCACAGCUCGGGGAGAGGGAGAGGAAAUACGUACAGCGUGUUCUGGCGGGGGAGAUGGAUGAGCUGGCCGUGGCUUGGGCGGCGGCGGAGGGGGAGGCAGAGGUCGGCGGGGGCGUGUGGUGACCGGUCGUUUGCAGGGGAGCAGAAGUGAGGUUGUUCCCUCUGGUUCCCCGUGUUCCUCGUAUUGUGUGGGGCCCGUCCCAUGUUUACUGGACAGGAAGGUGUUGGACUGUCAUAUUUCAUAUGCAUAU